GACUGUUAUAAGGAGGAAAUGCAGUCAUGCAUAGAAGGUACCCCUCUCUUGAAUUCUCUGGAGGAAAAAGGGAGAAACCAGUGAAUAAAAUAUCAUAAAAUUCCCGACAGGCAUGACCAUUCAGUUAUUUUCUGUUACUAUGGCCAUGACAGCAGGGACUACAACCUCCUUUCCUAUGAGCAACCAUACGCGGGAAAGAGUGACUGUGGCCAAGCUCACGUUGGAGAAUUUUUACAGCAAUCUAAUUUUACAGCAUGAAGAGAGAGAAACCAGGCAGAAGAAAUUAGAAGUGGCCAUGGAAGAAGAAGGAUUAGCAGAUGAAGAGAAAAAGUUACGCCGAUCACAGCAUGCCCGAAAGGAAACCGAGUUCUUACGGCUCAAGAGGACCCGACUUGGCUUGGAUGACUUUGAGUCUCUGAAAGUUAUAGGAAGAGGAGCAUUUGGAGAGGUGCGGCUGGUCCAGAAGAAAGAUACAGGCCAUAUCUAUGCAAUGAAGAUAUUGAGAAAAGCUGAUAUGCUUGAAAAAGAGCAGGUGGCCCAUAUCCGAGCAGAAAGAGAUAUUUUGGUCGAAGCAGAUGGUGCCUGGGUGGUGAAAAUGUUUUACAGUUUUCAAGAUAAGAGGAACCUUUAUCUGAUCAUGGAAUUUCUCCCCGGAGGUGACAUGAUGACAUUGCUAAUGAAAAAAGAUACCUUGACAGAAGAGGAGACACAGUUCUACAUUUCAGAGACUGUUCUGGCCAUAGAUGCAAUCCACCAGUUGGGUUUCAUCCAUCGGGAUAUUAAACCAGACAACCUUUUAUUGGAUGCCAAGGGUCAUGUGAAACUGUCUGAUUUUGGUUUAUGCACGGGAUUAAAGAAAGCUCAUAGGACUGAAUUCUACAGAAACCUUACACACAACCCGCCAAGUGACUUCUCAUUUCAGAACAUGAACUCAAAGAGAAAAGCAGAAACGUGGAAGAAGAACAGAAGACAGCUGGCAUAUUCCACAGUUGGGACGCCAGAUUACAUUGCUCCGGAAGUAUUUAUGCAGACUGGUUACAACAAAUUAUGUGACUGGUGGUCUUUGGGAGUGAUUAUGUAUGAAAUGCUAAUAGGAUAUCCACCUUUCUGCUCUGAAACUCCUCAAGAAACAUAUAGAAAAGUGAUGAACUGGAAAGAAACUUUGGUAUUUCCUCCAGAGGUUCCUAUAUCUGAGAAAGCCAAGGACUUGAUUCUUAGAUUUUGUAUUGAUUCUGAAAAUAGAAUUGGAAAUAGCGGAGUAGAAGAAAUAAAAGGUCAUCCUUUUUUUGAAGGUGUAGACUGGGGGCACAUCAGGGAAAGACCAGCUGCAAUCCCUAUAGAAAUCAAAAGCAUUGAUGAUACUUCAAAUUUUGAUGACUUCCCUGAAUCUGAUAUUUUACAACCAGUGCCAAACACCACAGAACCGGACUACAAAUCCAAAGACUGGGUUUUUCUCAAUUAUACGUAUAAAAGGUUUGAAGGGUUGACACAGCGCGGCUCUAUCCCCACCUACAUGAAAGCUGGGAAGUUAUGAACCCAGAUCACAUUCGCACACAACCAAGAGAACUCAGGUAGCUGCACCACCAGGCUUGCUUGGCGUAGAUAACACGACACCGAAAAAACUCCCGAAGACAGUGGUGCUUCUGAGCACAAGAGGAAAUUCUGCCGGAUUAGGAUUUCUGAGACUACUACAGGAAUUGGUUGGCAGUGCCAGCUGGCUUUCUUUUUUUUUUUUUAGUAUUUUAUUAUUUUUGUUAACUUUAUUAUAUGAAGGUACUGGAAUAAAAGAAAUGUACAUCCCUCUGUAACUGCACUGCCUACAUGCGUAUUAAGGUCCGUUCUGCCUGUGUGUGCUGUGGCUUUUGUACUGUAACACCUCUGAUCAAUUCAGGAGAAACAUAUCAUUUAAAGCAGCAUAGGCUAACCUGUAGGUAACACUGCAGUGUCGCUGUUCUACUGCAAAUCUUAUGGGUCUAGAUAAUCACACACACAAAAAGCCAUCUUCCAUAGUUGGUGUUAGAAUACUUGCCCCGUUGGUUUGGACCUACGUCGAAUGAAUAUAUCUGAAGACAAUUUCUGUAAAGGUUUUAACAAGUUCUAGAAAGGAAAUACACUGGUUCUGUAAAAAAUAGAGUUUAUCAUCAUGUCAUUUCACACACUCCACAAUUGGGAGUGACAGGUUUAUAAGAAGGAGGAAGUUUAACACCUUCACUCAAGCACUCCACUAAAAUAUUUACUUUGCAUUCAGAAAUACUGAUGACCUUUAUAUACGUAGUCUGUAUACUCAUAGGGAGAUGUACUGUAUUAUAUAACGUGUAAAGUUGCUUUUCUUGUGACAAAAGGACUUCUUUUUUAAUAAGAGGACAUGGCAUUAUUUUGGUUUGAUUAUGGUGAGUUGAAUUUAAGAAAUGACCAUGAAGGCUGCUUGUAGAACUGGUGUAUUUUUAUUAAACUAUUUUUUUAAAUGUCAACUUUCUGAUCAUGUAAAUGGACUUAUGGAGAACAAAGAGCUAUUUACUUUGGUUUUUUAGAAAGUUGUUAACAUAUCAUGGCCGGUUAACUUUUAUUUCUUUUGGUGAAGAUUUUUCCUUUGAUAGUACUUAUAUUGUUGUGCCAUUAUUUUCUUACACUCCAAAUGUACCAAAGAUCCUGAACAGAG